ACAGAACACGCGUCUUGGUGGCCCAAAGUAGGCUGCGGGCCUACAAUCCUGAAGUGCAAAAAAACAAAAAGAUUAUCAGAUGAAGCACCCAACGGUAUAAAUGACCAAGCUUUGCAGCACUUUUUUCCAGAGCACACACACAUCCACGUCGCACUCUUUCCACAAGCAUUGUCUGCACACUUUUGUUAACACACAACAAUCAAACUGUGAGAAGCAUUUCGCAAGGCACUUGCAGAAGAAAAAAGCAAAAGGAUUUCAGCGAAAAGAAGUUGGAGAACAAAAAGUUCUGUCCUUCGUAAAAAAGGCUCAAAUUGCUCCUUAAUCCUGAGUUCAUCAGACUUCAUUGUCCGUAAACAAACACACACAAUCGUCACAGUUUGUUGACAUUUCCAUCGUUAAAUUGAGUGUUAUAAACAACUCAACUGUUUCUGCUUUUCACCUAGCUGUUGAACCAAUUUUUGUGUUGCAACAACUUAAUUGACCGUUUGUUCCUGGUCCAUUCGCUUUCGUUUCAUUUCCCAAUCAUCGUUAUCCUUUCGUUUCUCUUUUUCUUUUUUAUUCUUUUUAAUUUUCCCGUCUUGUUUUCAAUGAAGAUCUCGAGAACAGCAAGAAUUUCCAUCUUCCUCGGAAUCGAUGUGGUCUUUUUCCUUAUUGAGCUUAUCGGUGGAUACACCAUUGGCUCUUUGGCUUUAAUUGCUGAUUCGUUCCACAUGCUAAACGAUAUUCUCAGUCUCAUCAUUAGUUUGUGGGCCAUUCGUUUGGCGAAACGUCGCCAUUACAAGGCCGAGUAUACUUACGGUUGGCAACGUGCUGAAAUUGUGGGUGCCUUGGUGAACGGUGUGUUGCUUGUGUCUCUGUGUUUGUCCAUUUUCAUUGAGGCCUUGCAACGUUUCCUUAACCCGUCGUCUGUCUCGAACCCCGAAAUUAUGAUGGGCAUUGGUAUGCUUGGUCUUUUUACCAACAUCAUCGGCAUCUUCCUCUUCCAUGACGCCUCUCACUCACACGAUAUUGCUACCGAGUUCGAUCGCCCAGAGACGCCUUCCAGUGGAAAUGGUCUUACGGAGCCUGAGCUGCCCGAGGAAAACAUUGCUUCCAUCUUGCCAUCCCGUGUGGUUCAGGACUAUUACCAUGCACGGACUGCGAGCCAGGCUUCGUAUCUUGGACGCUCGCCCAUGUCUGAGCGGACACCACUUAUGGACAAAGCUUCUGCUAGCACUGCUGGUCGGUAUACAGAGCCCACGUCUACCACGGCUGCUUCUGUAAAUGAUCAAAAGCUUAUUCCAUCCUACUCAGCAACGAACAAUCCUCGUGACCUCGAGGCCGGUCUUUCCCCUUCUAGCAACUCUGGAGUGGUUGAGCAGCCGAAGAAGCAAAAGAACUUGAACAUGCACAGUGUGUUCCUCAAUGCGCUUGGUGAUGCCCUUGGAAACAUCUCCGUUGUGCUUGCCGCCGCUCUCAUCAAGUUCACGCAUUAUUCGUGGCGCUACAUGUUUGAUCCCUUUAUCACCAUUUUCCUCAUCUGUAUUAUCUUGUCGACGGCCUAUCCUCUUUGCAAGUCUGCCGCAUUAAUUCUGCUCCAAGUUGCUCCCCGAAGCAUCCGCAUCGACGAAUUGCGCAAGCACAUCGACUCCAUUCCAGAGGUACACUCAAUUCACGAACUCCAUGUGUGGCAGCUUUCUGAUUCGCGCUAUGUUGGCACACUUCACGUUCUUGCUUGCUACAAGGAAGAUGAUUUUGUUUCUUACAAGCACCUGGUCAGUGAAAUCCAACGCUGCUUCAUUGAGUUUGGCAUUCCCGAAUCGGUGAAUUCCUGCACCAUCCAGAUUGAACCUUUUGAUCCUAAAAAUCCUCGUAUUGAUCUUUGAGCACGAGUCAAGCCGCCGUUAAGAACAAGCUUCUGUUAUUUGUGUCUGCACACACCUCUUUGCUUUGUCACCGUUGGUGUAUGCUGAAAACAUGGAACAUAUUUGCAAGGUUAUUGUCGUGCGAUGUACCAUUAUGUUAGUCUUUUAAUGAUAAUUUCCCAUCUGCUUAUACGGGACAAUUUUCUUAAGAUGAGAGAGCUUGUCCCAAGAGCCGUAUAAGGUGUCAUGAGCGUUGUAUCGGUCGAAUUGACUUGUUUCAUUUUCAUCAGCCAAACCAAAUGUCGCGCCGAGGACCGAAUUUGACUUAGUGUUA